GAGGUUAUGGUAUGGGCAGGCAUAAGCAAGGACAACGAACACAAUUGAGUUUUAUCGAUGGCGAUUUGAAUGCAUAGAUACUGUGCCGAGAUCCUGAGACCCAUUGUUGUGUCGUGCGAUUCAUCCGCCGCCAUAACCUCGUUUCAGCAUGAUAAUGCAAGGAUCUGUACACAAUUCCUGGAAGCUGAAAAUAUCCCAGUUCUUCCAUGGCCUGCAUACUCACCCAUUGAGCAUAUUUUGGUUGCUCUGGAUGAAUGUGUAAGAAUGCACAUUCUAGUUCCUGAUAAUAUCCGGCAACUUUGCAGAACCAUUGAAGAGAAGUUGGACAACAUUCAACAGGCCACAAUCAAAAGCCUGAUCAACUCUAUGCGAAGAUGUCGCGCUGCAUGUGGCAAAUGGUGGUCACACCAGAUGACUGGUUUUCUGCUCCACACCCCUACUUAUUUUUUUUAAGAUUUUAAGAUGUCCCACUCAUCAUCACGUGGCUCCUCGCGCAACACUGACUGCAAGGUCUAUGUGGGUGACUUAGGCAACGGGGCUGCUAAGGGGGAGUUGGAGCGGGCGUUCAGCUACUAUGGACCUCUGCGCAGCGUCUGGGUGGCCAGGAACCCGCCUGGCUUUGCCUUCGUUGAGUACGAAGAUCCCAGAGAUGCUGAGGAUGCGACGAAGGGCAUGGAUGGCAAAGUGCUCUGUGGUUCUCGCAUAAGAGUGGAGUUGUCAACGGGCAUGUCUCGCAAGUCACGCUACGGCCGCCCCAGCCGUCGGCACUUCGACCCCAACGACCGCUGCUACCAGUGUGGCGAGAGUGGCCAUUAUGCAUAUGACUGCUCUCGCUUUAGCAAGAGGGGAGGAGGCCGUCGCCGCAGCAGGUCCCGCUCACGAUCUCGCUCAAGGUCCAGGGGAAGGCGUUACCGCUCACGCAGCCGAAGCAACGACCGUGACCGGCGUAAUAGAUCCCCAUCAUACUCAAAGCGCAGAAGCAGAUCUGGGUCCCCAGCACGUUCCAAGUCCAGAAGUCCAGUGCGCAGAUCCAGGACCCCAGUCCGUCGGUCCAGGACUCCAGUGCGCAGAUCAGUAAGUCGCUCCCGUUCUCGCUCCCAUUCCCGGUCAGUGUCCCGCCCCAGGGCACGGAGCGUCUCCAGAUCUCGCUCCAGGUCCCGCUCAGCCACCACCAAGAAGAGCCGAUCCAGGUCUCCCAGCCAGACGGAAAGCCCAAUACCUGAUGCUGACUGACCAUAGGGGCGAAACCGCUCCAUGCCCUGCUGUUCCCCUAUCCCCAUUUGCCUCAGGGCUUGAAGCCAUUUAACCCCUUUGUCCAUGUAUUUUGAUUUCUUUCUCCGUUCAUUUAGUUUAUUUAUCCCUUGGUGUUCAUCCUCUGGCUUUGGCAUUAUUAUUUCAUCUGUAUGUACAACAAAUUCCCGAACUGUACAUUUCAAUGGCUCUUUUUACAGUGGUAAUGUUUUUAGCUUUCUGUGUAUUUUGAAUUUGUUAGCCUUUGGCCAGUGUUAAUGGCAAAAAAAAAAUUAUUUUCUGAUAUUUUUGGCAAUAAAUCAGCUCCAGUUGAGUGCAUUGAAGUGUAUUCAUAGCUGUACUAAAAGCAGAUUGAUUUCGGGUUUUAUUUCAUUUUCAAUGUAAAUGGCGGUAUCUUUUUAAUAAAAUGAAUCUUUACACUA